AUGAAGUGCAAUCAAGUUAAGAAGUUCCUGAAAUACAAAGUGUGGAAUGGUCAUAUUGAACAUUUCGCCAUUCCAAAAACUGGAGUCACUUUUGAAGACAUGAAAAACGGCGUCCAUUUACGAGUGAAAGGCUUACAGUUCCGAGGUUCAGUUCGGGCAAGACUACGCAUAGGAACAAGGUUGGGCCGCAUACGAAUCAGUGGAGGUAUCAAAGUAAAGAGUUCGAAUGCUGAGCUCAAUGUAAUUCUAAAAUGGAACGACUUUACUUUCACGCCUACAAUCUCUAUGAAAUCGAAUCUUCGUAUUGAUUUCACACGCCAUCUUCGGAGAUUCAACGCCAUCCGAAAGCCUUUCCAGAAGUUUGCUACACGUGCCGUCAACAAAAAAGUUUCCGAAAAGUUGGUUGAAUUGGUCCACAAACAGUUGAACCCCAGACUUCGAAAACUCAAACAGAAACUGAUCGCAAGAGGGCUUGCCAAUUACGGUAUUGAAUGGGCAGUGCAGAAUCAGAUCCUUCGUGUGGCUGUUAAGCCAAAGAGCUCGACUAUCGCCAUUUCUCCAAUAAAACCAAUUAACAAAAUGGUCUGCAUCGAAGUGAACGUCAUCCAGUUGUUGCUGAGGGGGAAACGAUCAGCGUUGGGAUCAGGUCUCGAUGUGACAUGUGUAAAUCCGAUGGCGAAAUGUAAGGGAUUGAAAUGCUCGUACUGUACAGACAUCGACAUCAUUCCAGUACCUCCAAAUGCGAUCAGAGAUGAAUUUCACAAUUGCAUUCCUGGAUUUUAA